AUGGAUCUAAUUCAGGGCCGUGAGGCUGAAAGGAAAUCGACUUCGAAUAAUCACACGAAAAUCGACAGGAUCGAAAAUGAGAGCAUCUCAGCACUACUCAGCCACGCCUCUUUGGUGCUCGUUUGCGCCAGCAUCGCCAUCAUCCUGUUGGUAAACCUCCUAGAACGUUUCGCUUUACGGAAACUAUGGCGCGGCGUCUGGACCGAACUUGAACUCCAUGGAGAGGAGCGACGACGUCGUUCGUUUACCUAUCACCACGUUGCCGCACUCGUCAUGUUCCUCCUGUUAUGCUUCGCGCUAUACCCCGUCUACCUAUUCCUCAUUUCUCCUGAAAGUGGGUUAUCCACGCCCAUUAUGGAGCAUAACAGCAAGAUUGUCACUGCGGGAGACGUUCUACUCACCCUCUCGCAGAUAUACUGUGCAUACUACAUCUUCGAGCUAGGUUUUAGGACACAGUUCAUGAGCAUCAUUGGCCUGGCGCACCAUGUCGGGCUACUACUCAUUACACAAACGGCUUUGGUCAUCUCGGUGAACAUGGACAAAGAUGCGACCAUCGAGUACUACAUGUGUAUAAUGUGGGGAACCUUCGAUCUCAUCGCCGAGUUUCCAAUCCACACCUGCAUGAUCUACUGGCGUGUCAGACGGAAUUCCCACCGUACUUUGAUGUACAUCGCGUACAGUUGCUACGCCUGGCAGGCUUCGUUGGCCGCUGCUGAGACCGCCUUGACAAUCUACUUGCUGAACGCCUCGUGGGAUCGCUGGGAGGUGAAAUGGCAAGUCAUCACGCCGCUGAUUUUUGCGCUGUGGAUCUCGACUCAGAUUUACGGAGCUACCACGCUACUUCGCAUGGGCCAUACGGAGCGGAGGCAUUGCACACCAAUUGCGGAGGAGAGAACAGAGGAAGGGUUACCAGGCACCAUCACCGGACGGGAGCCCAAAAGCGAAGAACCCUGA